AUGGACGGCCCCAGAGACCGCCCAAGUGGCAUUCCCCGCCUGUCUCGACUCCCUGUACCACGAUCAAGCGUCCCGAAGACUGCCCCUUUGGCCUCAGCCUCGACCUCGACAACUACACCGGUUCGUCCCAAAGCUUCUAGAGACAGUCUUGGUGGAGGGGAGCUAAAUCCGCCAAAAUUGAGACCCGUUGCAUCGCGAGAUCAACUUCGCAACAGCGUAGGCGUUGUCGGCAACAGAGGCAGCCCAUUGCGAUCGGUAUCCUCACGAGAUCAGCUUCGCUCGAGCACACUUCAACCUAUAAAGACCAAGCCGCAACUCAACCAGACUCAGAGAAAACCAAGGAGUCCAAGCUCUCAACAGCGAGCUAGUUCAACCACACCACAGCCUUUAGCCAUUGAUGUUUCUUCCAAUGCCGCCAACGAAGACGAGUGGGAUCAUUCACCCACGCAAAACCCGCAUGCUUCUAGCCCGAGCACCUUAUCCGGCAAUGCGGCUGAGCUUGGUGGUGAAGCCAUUUUUCAGGGUGAUUCACUGGACUGCGAUCAGACAGCUUUCCACACUUUCCAGACUCCCAGCACUCGGAGGUCCAAGCCGGGGCCCUCCUUAGCAGAGCGCACUAUGGAAACCCUGGCACAGAUUCCGCCAUCCCCAGCGUUGAGCAAAACUUCAUCGUCGUUUUUCGACCAAGGGCGACCAAGAUCACGAGCAGACGGGGGAAAUUCUAGGCCGGGCUCCAGCUACAACUCUGAUGGGUUUGGAAGAGCAUCGUCCCGACAAGGAAGUCGACCGGGCUCUAGUGCUGGGCAAGAUGACUCUUCUGCAUUAUUUCGUGCCUCUGUGAAUCCGUUUAAAACCACUUUAUCAGCCAUCAGUGGCACUCCACGAAGGACUUCCGCUAUUAGUGUUGCAAACACUCCACAGACCAGAGCGGCUUCGAACCGUGCUUUGCUUGUGUCUACGACCAAGUUGGGAAAUACGGGUAUAUCGUAUAUACAAGACGCUGUGCGAAGCACUAGCCCUGAGAAGAAGAUGUUCGAAAAAGGCUCCAUCAGGUCCGGCUCCAAGUCGGUCGCUUCAAGAUCAACGAAACCUCGAGCGUCGACUGCCGGUCUAUUCAAAAAGCCUUCCCUCCCUUCAAUGCCCAAGGCUGCAGGCGCUCCAUCAGAAUCUUGGGAUGGUGCCAUCCUUCCCUCAUCAUCCGUUUCAGGCCCCACGGACUCUGCACCCCUGACAAAUCGAAAGUCUUCGGCAGCACUGCGAGAACAGAUCGCCAAGGCCAAGGCAGCCAAGCGCGCUGCUGUAAGACAGGCAUCUGAAAAUCAUGGAUCAAACGGUCUACAUACCACGUCAUCAACUGUUACAAAUGGCUUUGACCUGGAACAUGAUGACCCUUUCAAUCUAAGCAAGGGAGAGAAACCGAGCGUUAAAGUAUUGCAGCAACGAGUGACUUCUGCACGCACCACAGGCAGGUUGAAUAUCGCCGCUUUGGGAUUGAAGGAAAUUCCAGAAGAAGUCAUGAAAAUGUACGAUCUGGAGAGCAUCAGCAGUUAUGGUGGCACCUGGGCGGAGAGCGUAGACCUUACGAGGCUCGUUGCAGCGGAUAACGAUAUCGAGCGCUUAGACGACAACAUCUUUCCAGACACGAGCCCAGAGGCAUUCGACGAGCAAGAGGAAGGACAGGGCAGCAUAUUUGGUGGAUUAGAGACGCUAGAUAUGCACGGAAACCUGCUUGCAGAUGUUCCUGUUGGGUUUCGGCGUCUUGCGAACCUGACGUCGCUCAAUCUUUCUUCCAAUAAGCUUGAAAACAGUAGUCUAGAUAUAAUAUCUCAAAUCGGCUCUCUCCGAGACCUGAAACUGUCCAAAAACCAGUUGUCUGGCCCAUUAAACUCGGCGUUGAUGAAGUUGGGUUCCCUGGAGAUGCUCGAUGUUCACGGAAAUAGCAUCUCUGCUUUGCCUCCCGAUAUCGAGAAUAUGCAGCACCUCCGCAUCCUGAAUAUGAAUGAGAAUAGACUAGAAAGUCUGCCUUUCGACAGUUUGUCAAAGCUUCCUUUGACAGAACUAUCUGUGAGAAAGAACAAGCUUUCGGGUGUGCUCAUUCAGCAGCCGGUUGAAUCUCUCCCCUGCUUGCAAACCCUCGACGCCUCAGCAAACCAAUUGACUCACCUGAUACCUGUGGACACCGUCAUCAGCCUCCCAGUAAUUCAUGCUAUUUCAUUAUCGGUCAACAGGCUGCAAUGCCUCCCAGAUAUGUCGACUUGGACAAAUCUCCUAACAUUAGCUGUUGAUGAGAACCACAUUGCCAACAUCCCAGACAGUUUUAUCGGCUUGCAAAAACUACGUCACGCAGAUUUUGCUAGCAAUGACGUACGGAUAGUGCCACCAGAGAUUGCCAGAAUGCAAAGCCUCUCCAUGAUCCGGUUAACGGGCAAUCCGUUAAGAGAUCGCAAAUUAAUCUCGGCUGCAACGGACGAGCUGAAGGAGAUCUUGGCUGGUCGCCUGGAGCCGCCACCUCCCUAUCAAGAGCCUGGACACCCUACCACAAUCACGGGCUUGAUGGGUAGUCUUUCGGAAAUCGAUGACAGACUCAAGACGGUUGGCGAUAUGGACACAUUCCCUCCCAGUAACGAUGGGGAUGUUCGAUCUGACGUGGAAGACGACUUCACCACACCGCCCACUUCUGCCCCGCACACUCCGAAUCGGUCACGAUCACAGACAGUCGUGAAAGACGUCUGGUUCGUCAAGUCAGGAGGCUUGUUGGACUUGUCGAGAUCCGAUAUGUCGUCUUUGAAUCCCAAUACCUGCUCCACGGUCGCUUCGCAGAAUCAAGUGCGCCAAAUCCAACUACAUCAUAACCCUAUUGCCUCCAUCCCAAUUGCACUUGGCGCAUUUGGCUCAACUUUAUCGUUUCUAUCUUUGGCAUAUGCACAAAUAGCUGGCGACUCGUACCUAACAGAAACGCUUGACCUACCCGCUCUACGGGAACUGAGCCUAUUGUCAAAUCAAAUCACAAGCUUGAACCCCGUGACAAAGUUCCUGAAGGCACCGAGCUUGGAGAAGAUGGACGUCACUCUCAAUCGCGUGACUUCGCUCCCUACGAGUUUGAAGCAAGCCUUUCCGCAGCUGUCCGUGCUAUUAAUGGCAAGCAAUCAAUUAUCAGAGCUCGAUCCCGAGUGGAUUCGGGGGCUGAAGAUCGUCGAUGCCUCUAGCAAUAAUAUUGGCCAGCUAACCCCCAGGCUUGGUCUCCUUGGUGGUGUCGACGGACUACAACGAUUGGAGGUUGCCGGCAAUCGAUUUAGAGUGCCGAGGUGGACCAUCCUUGAAAGGGGGACCGAGGCCACGCUGAGAUGGUUACGAGAAAGACUUCCGACUGAAGAAAUGGCCGCUUGGAGGGCGGCCAACGGUGAAGAUAGCGGAGAAGAUAUAGACUAA